AUGGUCGCGUGGAAGAUGAAGUCUGUGCCUGCCACAACCUCACGACUUGUUUUUCGCUGUGCCUGGGUGAAGUCUGUCUCUCUCUCUCUACGCCUCUCCCUUGAAGAGCACAUUCUUGCCUUUCUCAUUUUCCUGCCGCGGGGCAACGGGCUCACAAAGGGGGCUCUGUUGUUGUUGUCGAUGCCAGGGCCAGAAAUGUCCACUGUGGUGCUUAAGUUUGUUGAUGACCCCCACCGCGUCGUGGACGUGGCCGUCGAGGGCCUCUGUGAGAUGAACAACGGAGUGAAAAGGAUCGAAGACACAAAUGUUGUCGUCGCCUCCAGCAUAGAUCUAACUAAGGUGCUGCUGUUGAGCGGCGGCGGCGCCGGCCACGAACCAGCCCACGCUGGGUUCGUAGCCAAAGGCUGGCUGAGCGCGGCGGUGUGCGGGAGCGUCUUCGCCUCCCCACCCACGUCACACGUGAGCUCCGGCAUCGAGUACCUCGCCAACCUUCAGGGACCGAAUGGCCCCGGUAUCCUUGUCAUUAUUAAGAAUUACGCUGGGGAUAUUCUUAACUUUGAGUACGCCGUCCGUCAGGCCCGCGCACAGGGCAUUCAAGUGGAGACUGUGUUAGCGGCCGAUGAUGCAGCGUUCGGCACGGAAGAUGUGAAGAAGCGCCGCGGUGUUGCCGGAUGUUGUCUCCUCUACAAGAUCCUCGGCGCUGCUGCUGCGCGUGGUUUGUCGCUGACGCAGCUGAAGGCGCUUGCCGAUCGUGUAUCACGCAACAUGCGAUCCAUCGGCGCCUCCCUCUCGUCCUGCUCGCUGCCGGGUAACCCAGCCUCGUCGGUGGUGCCGUACGGAACGGUUGAGGUGGGCCUGGGCAUUCAUGGUGAGAAGGGCCUCCUCCAGAUCCCCUUCCAAGGAGCAGCGCCCCUCACGCAUUUCCUCAUUGGAAUUUUGAUGGGCAAGGAAGAGGUAGCUGUUCCGGGCAAAGUCACUGCCAUCCGCGCCGGUGCCAAGGCUCUCUUGCUGGUGAACAACCUGGGUGGCACGACGGACCUGGAGAUGUCCACCCUUGCACACCACGCCUUGCGCGAGCUCGCCGGUGAGCACCUCACGGUGGUUGGAGUCCACAGCGGACGCCACAUGACAUCGCUGGACAUGCACGGCUUCUCGUUGACGCUGCUCAUCGUUGAGGAUGAAGACGACCUUCAGUACAUGCUCAACACGAACGCCCUGCAGAAGCCGCUCAUGAACUUCCACGCGCCGCAGUGGAGCUGUGCAACGGCUCCGGGGCCGCUGACAGCACUGCAGCUGGCCCGACGAGAGGCAGAGGCGGCGAGGCGGGCAGCAGCCACACCAACCAGCAGCCCUCUCUACGUCGCAACACUGCGCGUCUUUGAGAAACUCUUUGGUACCGAAGCCUACUUUAACGGGCUGGACGCCGAGGUGGGCGACGGCGACCUUGGCAGCGGUGUGCACCGCUCGGCGGUGGCAGUGCUGGAACUGCUGCCAUAUCUGCCGUGGGAAGCCGACGUGCGGCGCACCUUCACGCUCAUGUCGAAGGCCGUCGCCGAUACCUUCGCCGGCACCUCCGGCCCACUCUACGGUGCGCUGCUCCUAGGCGGCGGCGAAGGCGCGGCGCAGGCGCUGAGAGGCGGCAGUGCUGUGGAUGCGGUGCGUGCGGGGAUUGCGCAGGGCAGCCACAGUGUUCAGGAGCUCGGCGGCGCGCGUCAGGGUGACCGUACCAUGGUGGAUGUUCUGGAGGGCAUGCGCACGUGCCCGACCGUUGCAACGGCAGCGACGAUGCCGGAACUUCUUAAGGCAUGCUACGAGGCGGCGCGCGCGGCCGCGGACGCGACGAUGAUGCUUCCCGCCAAGUUCGGUCGAAGCCGCUACAUGGAGGGCAAGGAAAUCGGCAAGAAGGACCCUGGCGCGGAGCUCGUGGUGGCCUGGGUCGAGGCGCUGGCCUUCGAGAGCAGCUGA